AUGAGAUUGCAAAUGCUGGCUUAUUUGCUCCUAGCAGUCAUCACAUCAGUUCUUGCAGAAAUUGAAAUGGAAUUCACAAAGUAUCCAGAAUCCGUGAACGCUCCAGUUGGCGAUGAGGUAACCUUCGAGUGCGCUGUCAGAGUGCCCGGGGAACGGCUGCAGUGGAGGUGGAAACCGGCCGACGCUAGCUGGAAGAAUUGGAAGGAAAUACCAGCACGUGACAACGAUGGAGUGUCAACGAAACUGGUCGUCGAUGUCAAAGAUGACUCGGUGGAUAGUUUAUAUCAGUGUGUUAUAUGGUAUGGCGCAAUAAGUCUUGUGUCGGUCCCUGCAAAGCUGUCGAUAGCAAGAAUGUAUUUGAGCCAGAACACAGCCGAAAAACGAGUAAUCACCGCGCCACUGUACAACACCGUUGUACUGCAUUGCGAGGAACCGUACUCUGAGCCACCAGCAGUACUAAGCUGGUGGAAGGAGACUGGAAAGGGUUCUAGAAAGCAAUUGGAGACACCACACGGAGUCCUCGUUAUCUACAACGCAACCACAGCUGAUGACGGAACCUAUGGCUGUGUGGCCACCAAUGAGUUUAGUGGACAAAGCAUUGAACUGCCUGAGAGGAUAUAUUUAAGAGUUCAGCAUGAGGGAAACGGUGGUGUGAGAUUUCUGGAGACGGAGGACUACGUGGGUAAAAAGGACAAAGAUGUGCUGACAAUGCCGGUUCAUCCAAAGGACUCCCUCCAUCUGUGGUGUGGCGCAGUUGGCACUCCCCCUCCUAAAAUAAUUUGGAGUAAGGAAGGGGGUAACCUGCCCAGACGACAUGACCAUAUGCUUACUGUGUCGCCAUUUACUUCUGAAAAUGAGGGCAUCUACUCCUGUUCGGCGAACGGUAUCCGUCGUUCGUGGAAAGCGAUCGCUCUCAAGCCACCACACUGGGAGGGCUCUGCAGGCAGCGUCAACGCGAGUGAGGGAGGAAAUGCACACAUUGCCUGCGGAAGACUGUACGGAGAGCCAUCGCCCACCGUUCAUUGGUUGUUGAACGCUGAAAUAAUUGACAAAGGCAAAGGCAUAAGAACGACAGAUUCAGACCUGUACAUAGAUAAAGUUGAGAAACGGCACGCUGGUAUAGUGCAGUGUUUCGCUUGUAAUGCACUGGGCUGCGCGUACGACGCCGCUAUGCUCACAGUGGUUCCGGUACAAAUCUCUGAACAGGACUAUUCUGCAGAAGUGCCAAAAACGAUGCACAUCCCCUCCCAGCCAAACUCGAAGAGACAUAACAGAAAAAACGCAAGGAAACACAAAGCGGUUCUUAUUGCGCCGUCUCGCCCGAAUGUUACUCGCCUGUCAGAUGAGAGUGUUAUGGUCUCGUGGACCCAUUCGAACCAUGGUCUACCAAUACAAUUUUUUAAGGUCCAAUAUAGAGAGGCGACGAACUCGUCAAACGUCCAGUGGCACACAGCUAAUUACGACAUCCCUUCCUACAUACAUUCCUACGAGAUUGACGGGCUUCUACCAGACAGAUAUUACAAAUUUCGCAUAGCAGCGGUUUAUUCAAAUCAAGACAACAAAUUAGGGCGAAGUAGUGCUAAAUUUUACUUGCAGCGAGGAAGCUCACAAACUCCGAGAACACCUACUGUGGAUAAAGCUGCGGCAUUAUCUUCUAAUAGCAUACAGCUUAAUUGGACGUGGUCUAGCGAGGGCGGCGUGGAAGCGGAAGGUUUCUACGUGUACUUCCGAGCUGUGUCGUCGGCCGGGGCUUAUGAAAAGCUCACAGUGGCCGGAUCAGCUCGAAGUGUGUCUUUAAGCCAUCUAUCGCCAGACACUGCGUAUGAGUUGAAGUUGCAAGCCUAUACAGCACAGGCACCAUCCGAUUUCAGUGCUAUACUGGUAGCGAAGACUCAGAGAUCGAUAACAUCUGAGGUCAGUAGCAGCACAGAAGCGCCCGCGGAAGACGUGAAAGAACAAGGACCUACCACUCUAGUAACAGCUGGUGGCGUAGUCGGCGCCACGGCACUUUUGCUCAUUCUUGCUGUCACCUUGUUACUAUGUAAACGGAGUCGACGCCCCGAUUCUAAGGAGAAAGGUUCGGUCGAGAGCGGCGCCAACGGAUACAUCCCGGCCAAAGUGCCCAUCACCAUUACGGCCAACCCCAUGCACACCGAGGGUACUGAAACGGGAGUAGAAAUGUCGUUCCUUCAUAACAACAAUUGUGGUAAUAACGGCAGCAAUGAUGACACCUUGACACAUUCUAGGAAAAAUGGUCCAUCGAGGCAGUACGUUUAA